AUGAUCUGCUGGCAAAAAGCGACGUUACCACUCUGGCUGCUAUCAAUCAUUGGCUGCUUGUGUUUACCCGAUGCAGUGUCAUUGUGCACACCUUUCCCACACUUUGACUCGCAAGACCAUGCUGUGUGCCCCAUCGAUGCAACUGCCCCGAUCUGGGAAUCAAAUUCAUUGGGUAGCGGCUGGGUCAAGGGAGAUGCCUGCCAUGGCCUGGGACCGAACCAGUUCUGCACUUUCACGCACCCGAAGUUCAGCCGCGGCCUCGGUAUAGCACUCAUCACCACGGAUGCAAUACUCGAAGACGUCUUACCUUUGUUUACGUCGCAGGCACCGGAUUCUGAAGUUGGGAGUCGUGCUGCCGUGCCGCCUUACGAGGCCAAAGAGAUACCAGGAAAAGGAGUCGGUCUGAUUGCCACCCGAGAGAUCAGCCAGGGAGAGCUGAUUAUGGCACGAACUCCAGCUGUUGUGGUAGACGGUACAGCGUUCAACAACUUGAGCACGAAUCAUCUCACACAAGCACUCGCUCAUGCCAUCAAGUCCCUGCCACAGCAACAUCAGCACGAGUAUCUCCAGCUGUCAACCCAUGACGACGCUACGACCCAAGAAGAGAGAGUUUAUAAAAUCUUCGCAAAAAACAACUUCAGGACGAAAUUCAAAAAUGGGAAAGAUUUUCAUUCUACAUUUACUGAAGUAUCACGUCUAAACCAUGACUGUCGCCCCAACAGUGGGUACCAUUUCGACGCGUCGACGCUGUCACAAAAGGUCUAUGCAGCUCGAGAUAUACAUAAUGGGGAAGAGCUCAGCAUCGCCUACUAUGAUCCAGUCCAAGCCCGCGCCAUGCGACAGAAUCAAUUACAGUCCCAUUGGGGAUUUGAAUGCACCUGCAAGCACUGCACUUCUGAUCCAGGCUUGAUCGCAGAUUCAGACAGCAGAAUCGAGCAGAUACACACCCUAUGGAGAGAUCUUGAUGAUUACUCUCCGGCUUCAAGUGGCUCGACCGAUAAAGCGGAGCAACUCGUUGAACUAUACCAGCUCGAGCACCUGGACACUCGAAUGCACGAAGCACACUACCGCGCCGCUAUCGAGUGGAAUGGUGCCGGGAAUCCGGUAUUGGCGCUUGAGGCAGCGAGACGGUGUCUGGAUAGAGGAGAGCUGAUGAGAGGGCCCGAGGCACCCUUCGCGAGGAACAUGAGGGAUUUGCUACAGGAUCCACAAAAGCACUGGAGCUGGAGAUUUCGCUUACCAAACGUCCACGGCCAUAAUUAA